AUGAACCGGCUCUUUGGCACGAAGAACACAGCUCCCAAGCCGACGCUGGAGGGUGCGAUUUCAAGUGUCGACUCCCGGAUAUCAAGUAUAGACGUCAAGCUGGCUGCCCUAAACGCCGAACUGACGGCCUACCAGGCAAAGAUGUCCAAGAUGCGCGACGGCCCAGGCAAGACUGCCAUCCGCCAAAAGGCUCUCAAGGUCCUACAGCAACGGAAGCGAUAUGAGGGCCAGCGCGAUCAGCUCUCGCAGCAGUCCUGGAAUAUGGAACAGGCCGGGAUGAUGCAGGAUAACCUACGCAACGUCAUGACGACCGUGGAUGCAAUGAAGACUACAACUAAAUCCCUCAAGCAGCAGUACGGCAAGGUGGACAUCGACCAGAUUGAGCGUAUGCAGGACGAGAUGCAGGACUUGAUGGAUAUUGGAAACGAGAUCCAGGACAGCAUCAGUCGCGCGUAUGACGUGCCCGAGGACGUCGACGAGGCGGACCUGGACGCCGAGCUGGAGGCUCUUGGAGAAGAAGCCAUGUUCGAACAAGCCAUGGGCGGGGAGGAGUCCAUCCCGUCCUUUAUGCAGGAUGAGGUUGCUCCUCCGCAGUUCAUUGAUGAGCCACCUGAGCAGAAUAAGAUGAAGGAGGUCGCAGGUGGCUGA